AUGGAUGCAAAUAUCGAUCUACACCAGGACUUUGUAGCGGAAGUGUGCAGCGGAAAAAAUGUAUUUUUUUGGCUGGAUAUAUGGUUGGAUCAAUUGCCGUUAUAUGCUAAAUUCCCAGCCCUAUUCAAGGAGGAAUCGGUAAAACAAUGCUUGGUAGCCGAUCGGUGCGGUCGUGGAAGUUCUGGGCUGACUUUAAGCUGGGCCUGGGCUCGGCCUGUACUUGAUCCAGAAGCUGCAAAUCAGCUUCAGCAGCUGAUAAUUAUGCUCGAUGGGUGGGUUAGUUCAACCGGCCCAGAUAUAUGGAAGUGGAAACAUGAAAAGGAUGGUAAGUUCUCUGUUUCAAGUAUAAAGAAACUGCUUAGUUCUGUUAAUCGUAUCAGCCCCGAACGUGUUUUUGAGUGGAAUAACUGGGUACCCAAAAAGGUCGGAAUAGUAGCAUGGCGAGCGGAGAUGGAAAGGUUGCCGACGAAGUGUGCUUUGGUUAGACGAAAUAUCCCGGUUCAGAAUCUUUUCUGCGUUUUCUGUGGUGAUUAUGAAGAAACAUGUGAUCACGUCUUUGUCUCGUGUCAUUAUGCGCAAACAAUAUGGCAGAAUUUGGCGGCAUGGUGUAUGAUCCCACCGAUCAUUGCAUUUGGAAUAAAUGAUUUGCUCACACUACAUGUUUCAAGCUCGGGCUCGAGGAAAAGAAGGAAAGUAAUACAUGCUCUCGUUUUGGUGACUUUUUGGAGCAUUUGGAAGUCUAGAAAUGAAGUCGUUUUUCGGCAACUCAAUCCAAACACGACGAGGAAUUUGGACGAGAUCAAAUCGAUGACGUUUUUAUGGGUCAAAAGCAGGUCAAAAGUGGAGUCGUUAUCUUGGGAGGAUUGGAGUCAUUUUAAUUUAAGCACUUUGAUCUAA